CAUAAUAAUAUGUCAGAUUUAAGAAAUAUUAUUGAAGGUAGAUUUGGAGAAGAGGAUGAUGUAGUCGAUAUUGAAAGAAUUAAAUUUAUAUUAAAACAUACUCCAGUACCUCCAGUUUCAGAAUAUCAAUUUAAUGAAUUAAAAGAGGAUGUUUUAGUUACAGAAAAAAAUAAAAGUAGAAUAGGAAAUUGUUCAAUUUGUUUAUGUGAUUUCGAUAUAGAUGACGAAGCUAUUAAACUUCCUUGUAAACACUAUUUUCACUACGACUGUAUUACUACAUGGUUACAUAAGCAAUCUGCAACAUGUGCCAAUUGUCGUUACCCAUUACCAACAUCAAAUGCAGAAUAUGAUAUGAUGAUUCGUUUAGUUAGAGAACAUGAAAAAAAGAAUGGCGAAACAGAUGACAAUAAUGAUGAUGAUAGAAGACACUAUUCAAAAACAUCAAUGUACUCAUAA